AUGGAAAGAGUUGAAGAGUUUUCAUCGGCUCAUAGACUUCAUUCGAAUCAAUUAACAGAUGAGCAAAAUGUAGAAGUUUUCGGAAAAUGCAAUAAUUUUCAUGGACACGGCCACAAUUAUGUUUGGAAGGUUGGUUUAGUUUUUUUCUCUAGAAAGAGAGCUGGCAGAUGAAUCAAUAAAAAGUUCCAGGUGAAACUUCGCGGGCCAAUUGAUCCAAUAACUGGAAUGGUUUAUGAUUUAGCCAAACUUGUUAACGAGAUGAAAACAAUUUUGGCUACUGUAGAUCACAAAAACUUGGAUAAAGAUGUUCCAUAUUUCGAGGUAUCUUUCUUUGUAGUGUAUUUUUAAUUUGCAAUUUUUUCCAGAAUCAUACAAGCACAUGCGAAAAUGUGGCAAUUUAUUUAUAUAAUUCUCUUCAAGCUGUCAUGAGCAAUCCUUCGGUUCUCUACAAAGUUUCGCUUGCCGAAUCUCCAAAAAACAUUUUUUCCUACAAAGGACAGCAAGUUUAA